AUGUUCAGCAGAUCCCAUAGAUUCCACAGCAGGACUGAGGCUCAUUCGCAGGACCAGCCUCGGAAACACCGCGACGUUCCUCGAUCUCUCCUGUCUGACUUAUCAUUUCUCAACCCGCUUUCUCCCAAGGCUCGCUCUACAGCGCCCAGCCCCUGGGGAGUUUCUGACAUCGAUUACCAGCCGAAUACUCCCGCUUCGACCGGUUACGACACCCCGACGUACCCAGAGAAGAGCUUUUCUGUUGCUACAGGAACUCUACCCGCUCCACCUUAUCAGUCUUCUGCUUCUAUAACCUCUAGCACAUCUCGCGAUACCAAUUCUCGAUCUGCAUCAGUACGCGAUACAAUGAACACCGAUAGGAGUCGCGGGCGCCGCGAGCGCACUUUCGUUGGCGCUGAGUGCGCUGUCUGCGAGGAGCCCCUUGAACAUACGCUGCGUGGCGAGAGAAUAUUACAGUUUUCCUGCACACAUGUCGCCCACGAGGCAUGCUUCUAUGAGUUUAUCCGUGAAUUCGAUGGGCAGUAUUGCCCAACCUGUAAUGCGCCGCUACAUCUUGAUACCAGCCGAGGCGGCAAUGUUUUAGAUAUUGGUAAGGGAAACAUGCUGAGCAAAUUCCAUUGGCGAGCAGGGGCUGAGCAUCAACCAGAGAAAAUCAGCAACAUGGUGCGCUCUGUGUCUGUGAACGACACCAGGUCACAGGCCACACCUACCCCAACACCUCACUGGGACGAGCCAUCACUUCGGUCGGGCGUUGGGGGUCCCGGUCGGAGCAUGAGUCGCGACAGCCGUGAGCAUCUGUCUGCGGAUCAUCGCUACAACUCUGGUCGCGGUCACAAUAGGAGUGACAGCGAAGCUACUGGUGUGGCAUCCUCGGGCGGGUAUCCCGAGACUAUGCAGAGCGGGCCGCCCAGGCGCCACGACUACGACGUCCAGGCCAUGGAGACGUCGUUGGCCAGCCCACGGGCCUUCACUCGGAACCCCAUUCCUCCGCCAACGGUUACUGUCCGUUCCGAGUUCCCAACCAUCAACAGAUCCCGCCAGCAACAGAUGCUAACCUGUCUCAUCACGGUCGAGGUGCCGGACAACAAGUGGCGUCCUGACCCCGAAGAUCUGCCAGGCGGAGCUCCCCUGGCGCCACCCCGGCCUGACGGCUCUGUUCGGGCACCAUCCCCCGUGCGGAGUGCGCCACGCUUCUAUCCCUAUGAGUCACCUGAAGUGCUGGCAGAGGUCACUGAAAACCUGCGGAACCGUGUCGACAACUGGCACGGGCUGGAUUUCAACAGGUUCGGCAAGCUUCGCCUCUAUGGUACUCUCCGUGUGGGCAAGGACAAAAUCUCGUGGCAGGAGCUGGAAUGCUAUCUGUUCGCUGAGAUGCUUAUUUGCGUCAAGGAGAAGAAGAAUCAUCACCAUGGUCAGGGACAAUGGGGAGACGAUGGAAGCAACCGCCGGAAUGCCCGUUGCACGCUUAAGGGUUCCAUCCUGAUCAAGAAGCACCUCAACGAGGUGACUGAGACGGGCAAUAUCGACGAAAACAUUCUCACUCUCAGUCUGUCGGUUGCCGAGCUUCCGCAGUUCCAUCUGCGUUUCGAGAACCGUAAUCAGCUCAAGCUUUGGCAACAAGCGCUUCUUGACCUCAAUGCGGUCGAUACCCCGCCCGUUCGCAGUCCAGACUACGAUCGGGGAGAGUUUUCCGAGACAGACGAGGACGAUUGGCAGCGGACGCCCGGCUCGGGCCGCCCACAGCGUGUCUCAUCGGUCGCUUCGUCUUGGGGUGGCGCCAAGUCGGUCACGACUGCGCCAACGGAGUACACCAACUUCACUAGGAAUUCCCCGCUCAUGCACUCUAUCCACGUGCCCGUUGAUGUUGUCGUGGUGGUCCCUAUCUCGGCUUCUAUGCAGGGCGUCAAGAUCAACAUUGUUCGUGAUGCACUGCGGUUCUUGGUUAGCGCUCUGGGCGAACGCGAUCGUAUGGGCUUGGUAACUUUUGGAUCAUCGGGUGGUGGUGUCCCGAUCGUAGGCAUGACGACCAAGGCAUGGCCUGGGUGGUCUAACAUCCUCAACUCGCUCAAGCCGGUCGGCCAGAAGAGCCAUCGUGCGGAUGUCGUGGAAGGCGCCAACGUGGCCAUGGAUCUGCUGAUGGGCCGCAAGUACAACAACCCGAUCGCCACCAUUAUGCUGAUCAGCGACGCCUCGACGUCUGAUGCUGAUAGUGUUGACUUUGUAGUGUCACGAGCCGAAGCAGCCAAGAUUACGAUUCACUCGUUUGGCCUGGGGAUGACCCACAAGCCGGAUACGAUGAUCGAGCUGUCGACAAGGACGAAGGCUUCUUACACCUACGUCAAGGAUUGGAUGAUGCUUCGUGAAUGCUUGGCUGGCUGUCUCGGCGCCAUGCAGACAUUGUCACACCAGAACGCUAAGUUGAAGCUUAAAUUGCCCGAGGGAUCACCUGCCAAGUUCCACAAGAUCAGCGGUGCGCUGCAAAUUACUAAACGUGCCACGGGCCGCGAUGCGGAAGCAUCCCUUGGAGAUCUCCGCUUUGGAGACAAGCGAGAUAUCCUUGUGCAACUCGUUAUUAUGCCCGACACAACCUCGCAAGAUCAGCUACCCCAGGAUCCAUGGGACAACAUUGUUUCUGGAUUGGAGGCUCUGGGCGGUCCCAUGGACCAGGAUGAGCAACGGGUUACCUCUGUCGAGGAGGUGCCCCUGAUCCAGGCCGAACUGAUCUGGGGAGACAUUCUACGGGACGGCACGACGCAGCAUACCCGGCCGAGCUUGCUGGCCAUUACUAUGCUCCCGGCUCCCUCGAACAACUCCAAGAAGCAGUCGCUGUGGGGCAACUCGCCUCCAAUACCACCUCACCCGCACAUUGUGCAGCGUCGGAUGGAGCUGUUGACAUCAGAUAUGCUUACGCGGGCAUUGACGCUGGUCAGCCGUGGCCAACACGACCGCGCACACACACUGCUGAAUGAAACGCGGUCCAUCCUGAAGGGUCUUGGCAAGGGCGGCUUGCCCCCUGUACCGCCAUUGCCGACGAACAAGUCCCAGCCAUCAACGCCACACCCGAACAACGAAGGAUCUCCGACCCUGGCCGGGACACCUGACCGCAAGAACACGCCCUCGCCGACAUCCGCAACCACCACUUCAGCGCCUGGCUUCCCGAACCCGACGCUCCCCCGCAGCCGAUCCAACGACGGUCUCGGCCUCGGCACGGCUGCGGGUAUCGAUCCCAACACGGUUGCCGCACUCGAUGCAGAACUGGAGUCGGCUCUCGAAUGGAUCAACCACCCGGCUGUGUUUGGGCGUGACUCGCGCAAGCAGGUGCUGCAGGCCAUUGGGGUCAUCAGCUCUCAACGGGCGUUUACGUUCCGUACGCCGAUCGAAAGUUUGUGGGCUUCGCGGGUUAGUGGAAUUAAGAAGUUGACAGAGAAGAGUCGGGAGUGGAGAGAGGAAGGCGGUGGCGAGGGGGGGAUUAUGGAGGAGGCUUGA